GUAAUCUCCCCUUUCGUCUCAAUGUGGCUUAGUUUCAGUGUUCAAAAUGAUAAGCAAAUUUGGUGCAUGUGAUUAGUUGAAAUGUGCGACCACUUCUCUAUUUACAAAGAAGAAUUUGGUUUGAAAUCGGUCGAAAUAAUAUUAGCAACUUUUUUGUAUCCGACAAAAUCAAAAGAAUGCAAAAGAAAAGCAACAGAAACGAAAUGCUUUGCCGGAGAUUGCCGGGAAAUCACAUCAGCUGCCGUUCUUCUGUCCUGCUUACAAUGUGUCUAUUUUGGAUGUCUAUCAAGACAUCACAUGAAAAACCAUCUGAAGGCAAAAAAGCACUGUUUUGCAAUCGAUUUACAAUUUUGCAAUGUUUUCUGUUUAUAUUGUGAUGACUUUAUUUAUGAUCGAAAUGUAGAGAAUGUUAAUUUUCGAUUGUACCUGGAUUAUUGCCAAACGAUGUCUUUGGACAAUACAUUAAGCCCCAUCACAGAAUGGAGUCCGGCAUCUGUAACUGAGGUUGAACUGCUCACCAAUAAUUGUACUCAACAUAAUAGCAUGUCGGAUAAUUCUUACUUUGGAUUACGAGGAUUGAUCAAUAUGGGAAAUACGUGCUUCAUGAAUUGCAUUCUUCAGGCUCUAACGCAUACCCCGAUGCUUCGUGAUUUCUUCUUGUCGGACAUGCACGAUUGUACUUUACUACCUUGUUUUCUCGACCGACAUUCGAUGAGGUCAGAUUCGAGUCAGUUAAUGCUAAGUUCAGCACAGCGUCCAAAUGGUGUCCGAUCCACUAGCUCUGGAUCAAUGAUGCCCCAGAACUGUCUGAUGUGCGAGUUGAGUCACAUUUUCCAAGAGGUUUAUUCAGGAGCGAAGGAGCCCUUCGUUCCAUACAGAUUACUUCAUCUCAUCUGGACGAAUUCCAGUCAUUUGGCAGGCUAUGAGCAACAAGAUGCACAUGAGUUUCUCAUCUCAGCGUUAGACAUUCUCCACGGUCACUGCAAAGAGGACAGCGACUAUGGGUUCCUGCACAGUUCCUCUUGGCCAGCCAACUGCAAUUGUAUCAUCGACCAAGUGUUCACAGGGGGGCUGCAGAGUGACGUCACUUGCACCGAGUGCCACGGGGUGUCCACCACAGUAGACCCUUUCUGGGACAUUUCGCUGCACAUCGGCAACAACUCUUCAUCAGCAUCAGAAGCGGGAGGAGCUUCUGCUGUAAUGUUUGGAACAGGCUCGGAAUUUUCUGCAGGUGGAGAUGUUGUGGAUAGCAAUGCAGCAGCUGCAGCGUUGUUGAUUAACCCUUCGGCUGAGUCGGCGCCAACUGUUUUUGAACUGUCAUCAAUCCGCCAACAAAUCCAAGGAAAGUCAAUCAACUCGCGAGCUGUUCCGUCGCCGAAGUCACUGGAAGAGUGUCUGAACAUCUAUACGCGGAGUGAAAACUUGGGAAGUGGUGCUAAAAUCAGGUGCAACUCGUGCAAUAUCAAUCAGGAAUCCACGAAGCAACUUUCAUUCAAGAAACUGCCCUUGGUGCUAUGCUUUCACUUGAAGCGCUUCGAACAGACGUCCAAAGUGAGGAAAAAGAUCUCGGAUUUCAUUUCCUUUCCUUACGAGUUGGACCUUCUUCCGUUCAUGUCGUGCUACAACUCAAGCAACAGCCAAAGUGCAGCGACAGCAGAGGCUGCAUUCAAGCACGCCUCAUCAUCAGCUGCAUCUCAAAAUGCCAAAUCUGCCGACUCGAUCUUUAGACAAUCAAUGGACUUCGCUCCUGGCGAUUCAGGGAGUCCGGCGUUUCUCGGGAAAGAUGCGGGGAAGUAUGUUUUAUACGCCGUUGUCAAUCAUCACGGCACUAUUGAUAGUGGCCACUACACUUCAUUUGUGCGACUUAAAGGUGCUCAGUCUAAUUCAUCCACCGCGGCUAAAAGUGCGGAUCUGAAUGGAACUCAAACUGAAAAAUGGAUUCACUGUGAUGACGCCGUUUUAACACUUUCGUCUAGAGAAACUUGUUUGCGUUCAGAAGCUUAUUUGUUGUUUUACCAUAAAAAGCAUUUAGUGUUCGAAUGAUAAAAUCGUUAAUAUAAAAAUACUAGUUCAAUGUUAA